CAAAUCUCGUAUCUCCGGAGAAUCUGUAACGGUUCCAUAUCGAAAAUGAGAGAGUGCAUUUCCGUCCACAUCGGUCAAGCUGGAAUCCAGGUCGGAAACUCCUGUUGGGAGCUUUAUUGUCUCGAACAUGGCCUUCAGCCAGAUGGACAAAUGCCGGGAGACAAAACCGUCGGAGGCGGUGACGAUGCGUUCAAUACGUUUUUCAGUGAAACCGGCGCCGGAAAACACGUUCCCCGGGCUGUGUUUGUAGAUCUGGAACCGACGGUUAUUGAUGAGGUUCGUACCGGUACUUACCGGCAGCUGUUUCACCCUGAACAACUGAUUAGUGGAAAAGAAGAUGCUGCUAAUAACUUUGCCAGAGGUCAUUAUACAAUUGGCAAGGAGAUUGUGGACUUGUGUUUGGACCGAAUCCGAAAGCUUGCGGAUAACUGUACUGGGCUACAAGGGUUUUUGGUGUUUCAUGCCGUUGGAGGUGGAACUGGAUCAGGGCUCGGGUCUCUGCUUCUCGAGAGGCUGUCUGUAGAUUAUGGCAAGAAAUCGAAGCUCGGGUUCACAGUUUACCCUUCGCCUCAGGUCUCGACGUCGGUGGUCGAGCCUUAUAACUCGGUCCUCUCGACUCAUUCUCUUCUCGAGCACACUGAUGUUUCUGUGCUUCUUGAUAAUGAAGCGAUUUACGAUAUCUGUCGUAAGUCGCUUGACAUCGAGAGACCGACAUACACCAAUCUCAACCGACUUGUAUCUCAGGUUAUUUCUUCUCUGACGGCGUCACUGCGGUUUGACGGGGCUUUGAACGUGGACGUGACGGAGUUUCAAACCAAUUUGGUGCCAUACCCACGAAUCCAUUUCAUGCUUUCUUCAUACGCACCCGUGAUUUCGUCCGAGAAGGCUUACCACGAACAGUUAUCCGUAGCCGAGAUCACCAACAGUGCUUUCGAGCCUUCAUCAAUGAUGGCGAAAUGUGAUCCUCGCCACGGGAAAUACAUGGCAUGCUGUUUGAUGUACCGAGGUGACGUCGUUCCAAAGGACGUGAACGCGGCGGUGGCCACCAUCAAGACCAAGAGGACCAUUCAGUUCGUCGAUUGGUGUCCGACGGGUUUCAAGUGUGGAAUCAACUACCAACCGCCAACGGUGGUUCCCGGCGGUGAUUUGGCCAAGGUUCAACGGGCGGUGUGUAUGAUUUCGAACUCGACUAGUGUUGCUGAGGUGUUCUCGAGGAUCGAUCACAAGUUUGAUCUAAUGUACGCGAAGCGGGCUUUCGUGCAUUGGUAUGUUGGGGAAGGAAUGGAGGAAGGGGAAUUUUCAGAAGCUAGAGAGGACUUGGCUGCUCUUGAGAAAGACUAUGAGGAAGUUGGGUUGGAGUCUGUUGAUAAUGAGGAUGAUGAUGAUGGUGAUGAGUAUUAGAUUUGGGUUUGGUAUGUAGGUUUAUGAUCCUCAACUGUAAGAACCAAUGGGCUCAUUGGUUUGGAUCUUUAGUAUUAAUUUAGUUUUCUGACUUUGGAAAUUGCAACUUAAGAGUCUAUCUUCUAUAUUCGUUGUUUAAUUCUUGCUGUUUAAUUAUAAUUAUUGUAAGGAGUCAAAAUA